AUGACUUCUCGACCUGGCCCGGGGAUUCACGAAUCUCUACAGAACCGAGGCAGCGGUGUGCCUCCUCGGACCCAGGCCCAGCGGCGGGCCUCCAAGCCCGCCCAUACUCUCCUUCAUCCCGACUGCAUCGAUCCCGCCCUGGACGACGAACGCCCAGCCGCCCACCAUGCCGCCCACGACGCCGCAUGUCCACCACCAAGAGGGCGUCCCCCGCUCUUCUACACUACAAUUGCACAAUAUCCUCUCGACUUUCACCCCCACGGCCUACCAUACCAGCCGUCUGUGAACCUUCCCGUGCCCCCAAGGCCCGGCCUGGUGCAUCUAAGAGACGCCGCUCACCAGCGCCGCAUCCUACCCGGUGGUAGUGGUGUCAAAGAUGCACCCAAGUCUGGAGCACCUGAGGUCAUUGUUCCGCCAGUCUAUUUUCCUGGUGGAAAGCCUGCCGACCUGUUUCCGUGGACCGGCAACAAUGCCGAGGACAACCUGACGGAGACGCUAGUCAAGGCCGGUGUCAGCAAUAAGCCCCAGAUCAUGAACGAGUCUAAUACCGCCCGCCCCUCGUUGAUCAACAACCUCAAGAACAAGUCUGGACUCAGUACCCUGUCGACUCUCUUCGUCGCUGUGCUGGAAAAGCGGCAACAGACCGGUCGGCUGCAGACACCCAACACCUUCAAGCCGCCUCCACGACUAACCCUCCGAGAUUCGACCCGUGAGCAAUGGCUACACGACCUUGCUAACCCAAACACUGGUCUCCGUAGGCUCAGUCGCACCAUCCCUCACGGCCUCACGGGCAAGGUGCUGCUAGAGCAAUGUCUCAACAAGAACAUACCGCUGCCGCGAGCCCUGUGGCUGGCCAAGUGCGUCGGUAUCAAUGAGCUGCGUGCUCACAAGAGGAAAGGACAGGCUGGUACUGUGACAUGGGGAAGAGGCUGGACCAGCUCGGUAGAGCAGUUUAUAGACGGCGUCAUCGGCACCAUAGGCCAAGGUGACUGGAAACCCCGCAUUACCUAUGCUCUCCAACUCGCCACCCAUCUCUACAAAGAGCACCUCCUCGACGACGACCACUUUCUCGACUGGAUAGUCGAUGGCUUGGGCUCAUGUCCCUCCGAGCGCUUGUUCAUCUGGCUCCUGAUUGUCUCCGUCUCACAUUACUGGGCAGAUGUUUCGUGCUGUCGUCGGCGCGGCAGGCGUCUUGCUGAAUCAUUACUCAACCAACUCGACAAGAUCUACCGAGUAGAGGAUGUGAAUCCAUACCUAGCCGUUUUGCACUACCUGGAGAAUACCGUCAUCAGGCUAAUCGCAACAAUACCGGCCUGUCUACUGCUUCCGACCGCCUGGGCAAAAUACAGUCCCCUUCUAGUGCAGCUUGCUGAAAGAAGGAACCAUCCACAUGUGACGCAAGCCGUCCGGCGACUCGAGCAAAGAAACAGUAGGCUACUACAAUCCUCGAAAAACCUUCCAUCUGCCUCACAGACACCAGCUGGCCGUGUCUACCGAAUUCUAGACUCUGUCGACUACAACAGGCCUGUUCGUAUCGAGGACCUGUCUCUUGAUUGCAUGGAAGUCGUUGCGGAUGCCCCACGGCUAAUCGACAUCCUGCUCCGCUGGGCGUGCUCGUGUUACCGAGAAGGGUCGCACCGGAUUUACUUGGCUACCCGGUUGCUGCGUAAAUGGGCGCAUCUUGGCGCUGACGUGUACGAUGGCAUCCUGUCGCAUUUUCACGAAUUGACCUGGGUUGCUACUGGCGAAUCAAGCAUCCUCUUCAAAAUCGUCGCCGAACUGGUUCGCUCCAAAACUUUUGCAACUGGGCGUUACCUCCAAUGGCUGAUUGCUACUGGGUCUAUCGGGCACAGCACCGAUCUGUCUUCUCCAACCGCCUGGGCAUUGCGUCUAAUAACAGAGAUACCCCUCACCGGACUACCGGAGCAAAUCCGACUCUUACGAAGCACCCUCUUACGUGGAACCAUACAUUCAGCCGAACAGGAACAACACGCUCUUUGCUAUGUCGAACAUAUGAUAUCUCAGAGUUUGCCUGCCUUGUUUGGCCACUGUAAUGCCGCGACCAGAUUGAACGAAUCGGAGCUGGACAAACUCAGUUCAACUGUGAAGCUUGAGCUCGGUAUCUGGUUACGCCAACAUGUUGCUCAGUAUGCUGAAGUCAACCAGCACGUACCCACCAAAGACCCGUCCGUUGAAGAGACCGCCGCAGUAUCUUUGUUGACACCAUUGGACUUUCAUGUCGUGAGAUCCUAUCUUGAGCGUUUCGGAGAUCUUGCAAUACUUGCAGAUAUUGUUGGUAUUGCGAUUUCUUCCCUGGACCCAGGUGUUCUUGCUGCUGCCGCGGACACUCUCAAUUAUCACUCCAAGUCAUUUCGCGCUAUCGGUGCCUUCGACCCUCUAUAUACCCGAAUCGCAGCGAGAUAUCUCGCCUUGCGGACAGUCCGAUACCCCGAUCGCGAGUUGCUACUCAGUCUCUCCAAUCUGACUCGCCCGACACAAGCUGACAGUCAACUUUCACAACUUCUCAGCUAUGACUUGGGCCAGCUCACCCAGAGAAAUUCGCUUGCUGCCUGCUCGCCGGCCUCGGACAACAUGGGUGAGGUCAUGCAGACAGGUUCCUCCUCCGAUGACGAGAUCGAGCGCAUACUCUCUAGUGGUAACAGUAUGGAUCAGCAAAUGAUGAGUCGAGUACUCCGCAAGAUUGUAGGCAACCUAGAAGAGCAUGCCGCAAAGGGCUCUGUGCAGUUGAACAAUCAGCAUGCUUGGUUCCAUCGACUGCGCUGCUUUGAUGAGUCGACAUUUGACAUGGUCGUCAAUGAAUGGUUGAUUUUAAGCUUGAUGGCUCAAAGGACUGAAACUCUGCGAGUGGCCUUGCCUACUCUAGUUGGUUCUGGCUGCAUCGCACUGUCUUCUUUUCUGGACGCGAUCCGAGCAUGUGUUGCAAAGUUCAAGACCAACCCAUCCGAGGGUGGUUUCCGAAGCGCCCUCAAGGGUAUGCACAUCAUUCUGCCGUCUGAGACACUGGUACAGUGUUGCUCACCACAAGACGCUUACCGAUAUCGCCUCGAACAGCGAAGGUUAUGCAUGGCAGCAGAAAGCCGCUUUACGCAUUGUAUCAGUGAGAUGAUCGGGCUCGGCUCAAUGUUGUCUUCUCAAAAGGUUCAUGCGCAACUGUCACAUCUGCUCUGCAGCAAGCCAGUGCUGUUCCUCUUGAAACAUCACAUCAUUACUGACCCAGGAUACCUAUCCAAGCUGAACACUGAUGCAUCAAGCCAUUACUUCAAGCAGUCGCUGGAUAUUCUCCUUGAUCCUAACAGUCACCUGCGGCUAUCGGAAAAGGACCCCGAAAAUCGUAUAGUCUCGGUGUUUGCACUUGCUAGCGAGCUGUCCUUGCCCAUCUGCCAAGCGGCCCUCGAACAGAUCUUCUCUUCUGGUGUCGCAUCGCCUGGGAGUUCCCACGAGACACUGUCUGCUACUCUUCUUAGUGCCAUCAGGACAGCAGUAGAGGAAGAUCAGCCAUCAGGCUUGGAGCUUCUUGCUAGUCUAGACGCGGCUCUGACUGAGCAAAUACGGCAACACGCGGAACGUGAGCUCAUCUCCGCAUCGACCUUCUUGACCAUACCUUCCAAUGUGAAGGCAGAUGAGUUUGAACUUGUCUCACCGACAGUCAUACAGAAGUUCCUUACAGUAAUCGAUCUGACUUCAAGUAAGCGCACUGACACCACGGAUCAGUCUGCUUUGCUUCAAGCCUUGAUCGAAAGGUUCAAAGGCAUUGCUCAGGCUCUCGACAACAACAGACUAUCCAUCUUGGACGUGUAUGCUUGGUUAAGCGCGCUCCUUCGCCUGGUGGUAUCGCAUGCUUCGGCCAUGCUGAGCAACGCCACACAUCCCCACCAGACUGCCAUGAUGAGUGCCAUGGCAGCUCUACUCACCCACCAAUCCUUGGAGCUUUAUCCCACGAUUACUGAACAUAUCUUCGAUGUAACGGUGUAUCUUUCUGACUAUAUCUCGGACGAUGUUCGAUUCCACGUUACUCGUCUUGAAGGUAUGAAGCUUGCGAACGACUCUCGCUGUGUUUUCAUUCUAGGUGUGACUGCGCCUGUCGAUGGCUGGCUGGUCCUGGCGAAACCCGUUAGCACUCCUAUGAACCAAGUAACAUCCCAGCCACCAACGCCGGCACCUCUCCAAACGCAGUCAACACCAUACCAAAGUCCACAGUCGUCUGCAGCCGGGUCUGCAACACCUCAACAGCGCUACAUGAAUCAACAGCAGCAGCAACAACAGCGACAACAGCAAUUGCAAGCCGCCCAACAGGUUCAACACAUGCGCGCAUCCCAACAAUAUCACCAGCAUCCACAAAACAAGAUGCUCCCGGUCCAACUCCAACGAACGCCUUCGAGUCAAGCCUCUCCAUCUCCGCUCUCGCAAAUGCAGCAAAUGCAACAGAUGCAACAGCGCGCCAUGCAACCUUCGCUUGCCUACUCACAACGGCCGACUCCUGCAGCGGGUCAGGUUCAUAUGGGUAGUCAAGGGCAGAUGGGUGGUCAAGCGCCAGGGAAGCCGCAAAUGCGGCAAGAAAGGGACGUACGAUACUACCCUUUCGUUCAACCCAGGUGGGAGAUCUUGGCUGAGAGCUCUGGCAAUCCGACUGGAAACGAGACUGCAAUCAACUUGAGUCUUUUCGGUGCGCGCAAGGUAUGA